AUGAAGGAUCAUAUUUACCAGAAAAAGGUCACUUCUCUACAGGACGACACUGACAAAGAAUAUUGGCAAACAAAACCAGACAGAGAAGAAAAAGGGAAUGAAAAAGGAGAUGGAAAGAAAAAACAAAAGCUCUUGGACGUUGGAUUCUUUCAACUGUUUCGAUUUGCAACAUGGAAGGACAGACUGAUGAUGGUAGUCGGGGGCUUAUGUGCUCUAGUCCACGGAGCAGCCUCCCCUCUCAUGCUCCUGGUGUACGGCAUGAUGACAAACACCUUUGUGGCAUACGAGCUAGAGGUCCAAGAACUGGCAGACCCCAACAAAACCUGCAUUAACAACACCAUCACCUGGAUCAAUGGCUCCAUAUUUGAAAUAGCAGAGAACACAACAGUCUUCUGUGGGGUGGAUAUCGAAGCACAGAUGACCAUGUUUGCAUAUUACUAUGUUGGUAUUGGAUUAGGAGUCUUGAUUGUUAGUUAUUUCCAAAUUGCCCUCUGGGUGUCUGCUGCUGCCAGACAGAUCCAGAGAAUCAGGAAGACUUACUUUAGGAAGGUCAUGCGAAUGGAGAUUGGCUGGUUUGACUGCAAUUCAGUUGGAGAAUUAAACACCAGGAUAUCAGACGACAUCAACAAGAUCAACAAUGCGAUAGCUGACCAGGUGUCUAUCUUCAUCGAGAGGAUCUCCACUUUUAUCUUCGGCUUUAUGGUGGGGUUCAUUGGAGGAUGGAAGUUGACUCUGGUGGUCAUUGCAGUAAGCCCACUAAUAGGAAUUGCUGCUGGACUAAUGGCCAUGGCUGUUGCCAGACUGACAGGUCGGGAGCUCCAGGCCUAUGCCAAGGCAGGGGCGGUAGCUGAUGAGGUACUGUCAUCCAUCAGAACAGUGGCAGCCUUUGGAGGGGAGGACAAGGAGGCUGAAAGGUAUGACAAAAACCUUAUUGAGGCUCAGAACUGGGGUGUGAAAAAAGGGACAAUCAUUGGGAUGUUUCAAGGAUACCUGUGGUGUAUCAUCUUCCUCUGCUAUGCUUUGGCAUUCUGGUAUGGCUCAAAACUGGUCAUCGAAACCAAAGAGCUAUCCCCUGGUACUCUUAUCCAGGUAUUCUUUGGAGUUCUCAUGGCAGCUAUGAACCUGGGUCAGGCCUCACCCUGCCUGGAAGCCUUCGCCUCAGGUCGAGCUGCAGCCAAGACCAUCUUCGAUACCAUUGACCGGGAGCCAGAAAUCGAUUGUUUCUCAGAGGAGGGCCACAAAUUAGACAAGGUCAAGGGUGACAUUGAAUUCCACAACGUCACAUUUAACUACCCCUCUCGGCCAGAAGUGAAGAUUUUAGAUUCUUUGAGCAUGCUGAUCAGAGCAGGAGAAACCACAGCUUUUGUUGGGCCAAGCGGAUCAGGGAAGAGCACCACAGUUCAACUCUUUCAGAGAUUCUACAACCCCAAGGAAGGAAUGUUGACUUUGGAUGGCCAUGACAUCCGCAGCCUGAACAUCCAGUGGCUUCGCUCUCUGAUUGGUAUAGUAGAGCAAGAGCCGGUGCUGUUUGCCACAACUAUCGCUGACAACAUCCGCUACGGGCGACCUGGGGUCACCAUGGACGAUAUCAUCCAGGCCACCAAGGAGGCUAACGCCUAUAACUUCAUCAUGGACCUCCCACAGAGGUUUGAUACGCUGGUGGGUGAGGGUGGUGGUCAGAUGAGUGGAGGACAGAAGCAGAGGAUCGCUAUCGCCCGAGCUCUGAUCCGCAACCCCAGGAUCCUGCUGCUGGACAUGGCUACCUCGGCUCUGGACAACGAGAGUGAGGCCAUUGUACAGGAGGCACUUGACACGGCUCGGAUGGGCAGGACAACCAUUACCAUCGCCCACCGCCUUUCCACUAUCCGCAAUGCUGAUGUCAUUAUUGGCUUUGAGCACGGAAGGGCAGUGGAGAGCGGUACACACAAUGAUCUUCUAGAAAAGAAGGGUGUCUACUUUACUCUUGUUACCCUUCAGAACCAAGGAAAUGACAUGCCCAAUGACAAAGCAAACAUAGGUCCGGACAAUAAAACCAUUGAGGAAGAAAUCCUUCAGAGUUUCAGUCGAGGAAGCUAUGAAUCUGGGUUGAGGCAAUCUCUUCGCCUGCGAUCUCACACCCAACUUUCAAACGAACUCAUCCCUGAUGCUAUAGCUGGCAGUAUCAAAAUUAAAUCAGACAAAUUCCUUGCCACAAUGGAAAACGACAUGGAACCUCAAAGAUCAAAGCAUUCCAAGGAGGAAGCAGAGGAACGGGUGGAGCCAGCACCAGUGGCUCGAAUCCUGAAGUACAACAAGUCAGAGUGGCCCUACAUGCUAUUGGGAUCUAUAGGAGCUGCAAUCAACGGCUCCGUCAAUCCAAUCUAUGCUAUUUUAUUCAGCCAGAUCCUUGGGACGUUCUCUAUACGUGACUUGGAUGAACAGAGAGUGCAGAUCAAUGGAAUAUGUAUCCUGUUCUGCGCUGUGGCGGUGACAAGUUUCUUCUCUCAGUUCUUACAGGGCUAUGCAUUUGGGAAGUCUGGGGAGCUGCUGACCCGCAGGCUAAGGAAGGUGGGCUUCCAGGCCAUGUUGAAACAGGAGGUAGGCUGGUUUGAUGACCCCAGGAACAGCCCAGGAGCUCUCACCACCAGGCUGGCCACCGAUGCCUCCAUGGUUCAGGGGGCAACUGGAUCGCAGAUUGGGAUGAUUGUGAACUCCUUGACCAACAUCGGAGCGUCUUUCAUCAUUGCGUUCUCCUUCAGCUGGAAGUUAAGCUUGGUAGUGAUUUGCUUUUUACCACUCAUUGGCUUGUCUGGGGUCUUCCAAGUCAAAAUGCUGACAGGUUUCGCAAACGAGGAUAAGAAGGCAAUGGAAGCAGCAGGACAGGUGUCCAGCGAGGCUCUAGCCAACAUCAGGACCAUCGCAGGGCUGUGCAAGGAGAGCACAUUUGUGGAUACGUAUGAACAGCAGCUGGAGGCUCCCUAUAUGUCUGCCAAGAAGAAGGCAAACAUCUAUGGCAUCUGUUUUGCCUUUGCUCAGUGUGUUAUCUUUAUGGCGUACGCCGCCUCGUUUAGAUAUGGAGGCUUUCUUGUCAGCUCUGAAAGAUUACAUUACCUGGUGGUCUUCAGAGUGAUCUCUGCCAUUGUGAUCAGUGGGACAGCACUGGGAAAAGCUUCCUCAUUCGCCCCAGAUUAUGCCAAAGCCAAGACUGCAGCUGCCCAGUUCUUCAAACUGUUGGACCGAGUCCCCAAAAUCAGCAUGAGUCAGACAGACGGGGAGAAAUGGGAUGAUUUCAAAGGGGAGUUAGAAUUCAUCAACUGCAAGUUCACAUACCCAACCCGGCCUGACAUCCAGGUGCUAAAUGGACUACUGGUGUCUGUGAAACCGGGCCAGACCCUGGCCUUUGUGGGCUGUAGUGGCUGUGGGAAGAGCACUAGUGUGCAGCUGUUGGAGAGGUUCUAUGAUCCAGAUGAGGGCAGAGUGUUGAUCGAUGGCCGUCCAUCACACACUGUCAACGUGCCCUUCCUGAGGGCUCAGAUUGGCAUUGUCUCCCAAGAGCCAGUGCUGUUUGACUGCAGUAUUGCUGAAAACAUCCAGUAUGGUGAUAACACCAGGAACAUGAGCAUGGAGGAGAUUGUUGAUGCUGCAAAGAAAGCUUAUCUCCAUGACUUUGUGAUGACUCUGCCAGAUAAAUAUGAGACUCAGGUUGGUGCCCAGGGCUCCCAGCUCUCCAGAGGGCAAAAACAACGCAUCGCCAUCGCUCGGGCAAUAGUCAGAAACCCUAAGAUCCUGCUUCUGGAUGAGGCCACCUCUGCAUUGGACACAGAGAGUGAAAAGACAGUGCAGGCUGCUUUGGAUGAGGCCAGACGUGGACGCACCUGCAUUGUCGUAGCCCACAGACUGUCCACCAUCCAGACGGCAGAUAUCAUAGCCGUCAUGUCCCAAGGUGCUGUCAUAGAAAGGGGGACACAUGAGGAACUCAUGGCUAAGAGGGCUGCCUACUACAAACUAGUCACAACAGGGGCUCCGAUCAGCUAAACCUGAGUAGGUGUCAUUUUUCUAUAGAGGGGAUGCAUUAUGAGGAGAUGGAGUUUGUCACUAACCAAAGUACAUAAAUGUGCCGUUUUAGUGAGAGUAACUAUGGAAAAAAAACAUCAAAGUCCAUGGGGGGAAAGGCUUUCUUUGCUUGAUAUACUCUUCAUUUACCUAAUGUCUCUUGAGUUUUUUUAUAUGAUAUUAUACACUGAGUGUACAAAACAUUAGGAUCAUCUGCUCUUUCCAUGUCAUAGA